AUGGAGGAAGAGAUGAUGAUGAACAACGAUACUUCCCCAAGAUGGAAACUUUAUGAAAACCCAUUUUAUAUUAACACUCCUCCUCAUAAAUCCUCCACCACCAACACCAAUCCAUUCAAAAGGAGAAUGAAUUCGGAGCUUCACCUUGCGCUCAACCACAUCCUGGAGCUCCAAACCCAGCUUCGCUACGAGCGGAAGGCUCGUAAAAAGGUCGAGUCUUUGGCGAGGAGGCUGGCGAAGGAGCUGAAUGAAGAGAGGAAGCAAAGGAAAGGCAUGGAAGGAGUGUGUCAUGAGCUUGCUACACACAUUUCAUCUCAUCAACCCCAUAAGGAGAUUCAAGAGGAGCGCAACAUGCUGAGGUUGGCUCAGGCUUUGCGUGAACAGAGACUACAAAUGAAGCUUGCUGAAGUAAAAACCGUGUUCGGAACCACCACCACCACCACCACCACCACCACAUUUCUCGGCGGUGGAAGGUACGGACGGCGGAGGGAUUGA